AUGGAGUUUCACAGAGGAGCAAGUGCAAAGAGGGACGAUCAUCAAGGUGCCCGGCAGCCAGAAGUGCCGAGAAGCCAGAAGAGCCAGAGGUGCCAAGAAGCCAGAGCAGGGCUUGCAAUGAUUGUUUUCCCAGGAAAAACCAUGCGUCUCAACCUGAGAUGCCGUCCUAAGCCUAGUUUUCAGCCAGCAGCUCAGGAGCUGGACCACACUCGGAGAAUUACUGUACUAGAGCAAGCAGGAAGAGAGAGUCCUCCUUGUGGAACUGAACCGGGCAGUGUGAAGAUCCAUGUGGAGCUCCUUACCUGCAGCCUCUCUGACCAUCCUGUUGGCAAAGACCCGCAGGCCAUGAGGACUGGUCAAAGACAGAACAAAGGGAUGAGGACUCGACUGGGAUGCCUGUCUCACAAGUCUGACUCUUGUAGUGAUUUCACAGCCAUUCUUCCUGACAAACCCAACCGCGCUCUAAAGAGACUAUCCACAGAAGAAGCUACGAGGUGGGCGGAUUCCUUUGAUGUACUUCUCUCCCAUAAGUGUAAGUAAAAUUCAUUCUUUAUCAUGUCUCGGCAAAUCAUUCAUUUUGUAAAAAAUGAACCCACCAUGAUCCAGGUACCGUGCCUGGUGUUCCAGACAGCUCCAGCCUCCACCUUCAGAGAGCCUGA